GUUACAAUCGUCAUACUCGUCCUCGCUUCCUCUCCCAUCUCCAUCUCCCAUCUCCCCCUCCCUCCCCUCUCCACCUCACGCUCUUUAACUCUUCUCAUCUCCUCUUCGUCCACUUGUUUUAUAUUAUCGGAAGCGACCUAGCACAGUUAUUCACGCGCCGCCCGUUUCUCGUCAUCAUGUCCAAAUCAAAACCGAGGGCAUCUGCUUCCCCUCGCCCUGUUACCAACAUCCCAGAGCAGAAGGCCAAGUUCUACGAUGGACCGACCGUUUCUGGAGCUGACAAGGCGCGGAGAAAGUCUGCCCCUUCGAUUCAGCAGGACGCUUAUAAGCCUGCUGUGUCGGCCGCCCCAUCUGUUCCGAUAAAGCGCACAACCAAUAUCCCGGAGAGCCAGCUCCAGGUGGUCAAGGUCAAGCGCAAGAAGCGCGGCGGGUGGUCGCUUUGGGGCCUUAUUACCGUCCUGCCCUUCAUCAUCUUUGCAUCCCUUUUCUCGACGGUCUUGUGCCCUCCGUCUUCCGCCCGGCCGUCUACUUUCUCUUCCAUGGCCCUCGGCACUCUUGGUCUGAGAGUCCAGCCCACCGAAUCGAGCCUUCACAAGGCGUUGUGCUACCCGGCGAAUGUAUACCACGACGAGGUCCUGGUGCCCUACAUCUACCCUGCUAUCGAGGACGCAAAGGUCAAGGUCGCCUCGACGCCCUUCUACCAGCACACUCUCGAACCAACGUUCCAGAAGACCAAGGGUCAUCUUCUGAAGAUCUGGAACGGCCCCGUGAAGCCGGUUGUUGACCGUACAUGCCGGGGUGCCCGGAUCGUCCACCGCACGUACGUCGCGCCGCACGUCCCUUACGUCAAGGCCAAGUUUAUGGAGGCGACUGCCCCAAUCAGGAUGCGCCUCUGUGCCCUCUACAAGGCUCAUCUUGCUCCCCACGUCAAGGUUGCCAAGAAGCACGGCUAUGCCGCGAUCAAGAGCUCCAAGGCAACCUACAAUCAGGUUGUCGGCCAUCCCACGACCAAGCAGGCUGGAAAGCACGCGCACAACGCCUACCUUUACAGCCGAAAGCAGGGUGCUCGUGCGUAUGCGUACUCGAGGCCUCAUGCGCUGUGGGCGUACAACGAGGGCAAGCGUCACACGCACCAGACUGUGAUCCCCCGCACCAUCCAGGGCCUGAACUACGCCGGAAAGCAGGCUUGCAACACUUGGGCCCUCAUCAAGGCCGAGUGGUCCAAGUUCUACGCCCAGCACUUGGCCGUGCACUGCGACCCGUACCUUGCGAAGGCUCACCAGGUCCUUGCUCCCGUGUGCGCCACCGUCAACAAGCAGGUCUAUGUCCCCUUCAUUCAACCAGUGGUGCACACCGUCUUCCCGCCACAGGAGAAGCCUCGCACUUUCUGGUCCUACGUCUCCGAGUUCGUGCCAGUUGCUGGUUCGACUGUCGGCCAGCGCGGCGGGCAGACCGUCUUCGAGGCGCCCAAGAAGGGUGCCCGUGACGUCAAGGAGGGUGUGAAGCAGGCUGCUGCCGAUGUCGGAGAGAAGGCUGCUGAAGUCAAGCGCGCCGCCGAGGAGAAGGCGGCUGCCGCAAAGAAGGCGACUGAGGCUAAGGCUGCUGCCGCCAAGAAGGCCGCAGCAGACAAGGCCGUUGAGGCCAAGCGUCUCGCCGAGGCCAAGCGCGCUGAGGCCGAGAAAGCCGCUGAGGAGAAGGCCGCUGCGGCCAAGAAGCAGGCUGAGGAGAAGGCCGCAGAGCAGGCUGCCAUCGACGCCGAGAUUGCCGCCAACGCGAAGGCGGCCUUCAAGAAGGCCGAGGCGUCGCGUGCCGCCGCCUCAGACCCCGAGGAUCUCACUCGCCGGGCGUUCGUCGCUCCUACCGGCGACACCGCCGUCGCUGGGACCACCACUGUUGCGACCUCUGUCAGCGGCACCGCUACCGGAUCUGCUGCCUGUGACUCGACGACUGGCGCCGAGGCUGCGAAGGACCACCUCGCUGAUGCCCGCGCCGAGAUCCAGCAGCUGAAGAAGAAGGUCGACUUCCAGGGCAAAGCUCUGUACGCCAAGGUCCAGUCUGAGACUGUGAAGCAGGCCGAGCAUUUCAUCAGCCUCCUUCCGGAUAUGAAGCAGAUCGGAGACGAGAAUCUCGAUCGCGAGAUUUCUCGCAUGAUGGGCGGCCUCGACCGUCUUUACUCCAACUCUCGCUCCCUUACCCGGGACCAGGUUGAGGAGAGCCAGCGCAUGUCGGACUCCAAGGUUCUCAAGAUUCUCGAGCAGGUCACCAAUGGCGUCAAGACCAAGAAGAAUCAUAUCUACGAGAAGACUCGCCCUGCUGUGGACAACGCUCAGGCCGAGAUUGAGCGCGUUCUUGGUGACGACUACGCCGCCCUCGGCAAGCGCAUGAGCAUGAUCGAGGGUGUCACAUCCAAGGACUGGGCGGCCUACAAGGCACUGAAGAAGGAUGUCGACUCGUGGAAGAGCAAACUUGCCGAGGCGCCCGAAAAGAACCCCUCCAAGAAGCUCAAGGACGCUAUUCAGAAGGCUCAGGCUGGCGCCGCUGAGCUCAUCACUGACUUCACUGACUCUUACGCGGGGUGGAAGACGCGUCAGGAGUACCUUCGCAACCAGGCUCUGGAGCGCAUCGCUGCGCGUGAAGCUGUCAAUGAGGAGUCAAAGGAUGCGAAGCGCGCCACGCAGGCCACUAUUGUCGUGCCCAAGAAGGCCGAGGACGUAAAGAAGGCGGGUGCCAAGGGCUCAAUCCUCGACAUCAAGGAGGAGAAGAAGGGCGCAGGUUCCCCACUUCUCGCCAAGGUUGACAAGCAGGCCGAGGAGGCUAAGGCUAAGUCGUCCAAGGACGAGCUGUAGGCCUCUUCUGUAGCCAGUACAUGCAUAGACACGCCAAUCUUG